CGCGUACGACUUGCAUCCGACUUAGAAUUUUUAAUUGGACGUUAUUCAUCGGUCAAUAUGAUCAUCCGAUUUUUGUUACUUAUUCAUAUUUUAUGCUGUGCUGCAAUUCAUGGCAUUUUAUUAAACGCAAACGAUGCCGAAACUUGCAAUUUUAUAUGCAUAAAAUGUAACGCUACCGCAGUAUUUGCAAACGGUCACUGUGAAUGCAAUUUUGUUGACGACAGUAACAAAGAAUGCAUACAGCAUAUACAAAGAGAAAUUCAAGCUGUCGAACUGAAUAUGCUUUCUGAUGAUCUGACAGAAGAGGAGCGAAAAAUACGUUCUAUUUUAAAAUACAAGCGUCGUCUCAGACCAGGAGAUGCCGAGAAAGUGGCACAGUAUUUUAUCAAUGGAGGACCAGAAGCUGGUCACUCUCAUUUUAUCAGGGUAUACAAUGCGACUCGCAAUAGCACCGAUUCUGCGACAAAUUCGUUUUCGGGCGUAGUUGACAAAAGUAACCCCGAAGGCGGAUUUCAUGGUGUAUCAUUACCCAGUCCCGUUUCUUGGAAUACAUACGACUCUCCAUUGUAUAUGGUAUCAGAAUACGCACCGUACGUGAGUCCGACUAUGCAGGGAGAUCUUUCGACCAUAGGGGCGAUGAAACCACCCUUUAUCUAUCCACCAACCGGAGUGUACGAUCCAACAACGGUUCCGUUGAGCACAAUUUCUCAUCCACAUGGAUUGCCACACGCUUUAUUUAGAGCGGUCACAUUUCCCGCACACAUUUUGCACCAUAUGCUGCACCCUCGUCUAUACCAUCAUUAUCCUCUGCACCAUCGUGGUAUCAUCAGAAGUACUAAUUUCCCACAGGACAAAUCAGAUACAGAUCAGACUGUUGGUCAAUGUGAAAAUAAUGAUGGUUCCAAUACUUCCAACUUUCUUACUGCCAGAAAUAAUGCAGAUAAACCAGCUGAACAAAAGGUUCUUGGAUCAAAUGAGCCAUUACAGAACCCAGGAGCAUACCCCAUAGACCCAGGAGCAUUCCCGUAUCAAUCAAUGCAAUACCAAAAUUACCCAUAUCUGUACAAUUCUUAUUAUAAUCCUUUGCUGAACAUAUUCCAUUCCAUACCUAAUAGAUAUCUUCUUCAACCUAUGUCGCAAUAUUCGCAAACUCCAUGGACUUCUGCGUCUAAUCCACAAUCUUUUUGCAAAAAUAACGUAAAUACUGAACAGAAAAAUGAAGUUUUAUCUGCUGACAAAACUAAAUAUUCGGAUGGAAUAGAAAAAUCUGACGAUCCAACUAAAAACAACAUUCCUAACGAAGAGAAGAAAACCGAGGAAAACACAGAAACGAUAAAUCAUAAAUAGGAUAAAUUAAAUGCAUUGUAUAUAUCUAAUCUAUUCAAAAUAUAAAUUUAAAUUUCUUAUUAUUGUCAUAUUGUAUUUAUACUACAGCAAACAAAUAAAUUUUUAACAUUAAUUUAUUCAUUAACUUAUUUCAAUCAUUCUAUUCUAAACCAACUGUUACCUACAUAUACCUACAUGUAAUAUGUUGCUCUUAUGCUGCUUUGAGUUUCAACUCAAAUUUAAAAAUCCUAAUAGAAUUCAGUGAAAGACUAGCCUUAUUCAAAUUUUGAAC